AUGGUAGAGCACAAAGGUCAGCACUUUCCCAUCGCAUUCGCGUUACUGAGCAGGAAGACUGAGGAAACUUAUGUUGCUGUGCUGCGAUGCAUAGCCGAAUUUCUCGUUCCAUGGUUCAAACCAAAAAGAGUUAUAACGGAUUUUGAAGCCGCAUUGGAAAACGCAGUAAGAACUGUAUUUCCUGAGGCGGAACUAUUGGGUUGCCGUUUUCAUCACAGCCAAGCGCUUAUUAAGCGAUUUCGUUCUCGCUCGGUAAUCACUCGGGUGAAACGUGGAUGUCCGCACCUCCUGCAAGAGGCUCACACUUUUCAGAGGAACCUAAUGAAUUUGUGCCUCCUUCCUGCAGAAUUCAUUCCCGAAGGAUUUCGGAUAAUAAAUGAAAAAAUAGAAGAGCAGUUUCCGGAACUCGCACUAAUAUACACGGACGCCCGUGAAUAUUAUGCGAGAUAUUGGAUUAAGGGAAAAGGCCCUAGGUCAUACUCACACUACAGGAAGCGGGUCCGAACGAACAACCCAUUAGAACGGUGGCACAGAAGGUUCAAGGAGGCGGUAGCAACCAGGCCUCAGUUUGACAAAUUUAUGAAAGUCCUGAAGGAUCUGGUCCAAUCGGCCCACUUGGAUUUCUUGACGGUUGAACAGGGUGUGCGCCCUCACCGCAAGAGAAGUAGUAGAACAGAGUGUGCGGAAGAUCUCCUUGACCGAGCAUGGGAAGAAAUGGGGGACCUCUUCUCGUACAACCUUGAAGAGCGAAAGCAACGAAUCGAAGGAUUUUUAAUGACAGUGUCUUCUAUUGAAUUGGAAAUUGCCCAAUCAGUUAAAGAAUCUUCUGCAUGUUCCUUAAUAAAUCCUGUUAUCCUAGAAAUCCCAGAAUUACAAGACCGAAGAGUAGAUGAAGUCCUCGACGAUCCUCAGCCGUCUACGUCCCAAUAG